AUGGAAGUUACGUCGUCAAUCGCAGUGUCUAGGGUACUAGUAAUAAACGACGAAGAGGACUUUGAAGAAAAAUGGCGCGUUUUCAUCGAAGCCAUAGGUCCACUGAACGCCGUCGCAAUAAAACUAAAAUUUUCCUCCCAGAAGGUGACCAGUAAGGUGAAGGAGUUGCGUCGAAUGUUUCGAAAGGACUUAUCGUCCAUCGAUUCGGUUCGGCAGUACAACGCACUUCGUGGCAAAGCGUUGCUGCUCACUCUGUGCACGUUUAACGGCGUAGUGGCUUUGGUGCGUCUGUGCAACAUGAUUGACGUGCCUGUGUCGCUGAUCAACCUGCUUGCCGACAGGAGGGUGAUCAAAGUCUGUAUGGGGUUGAAGAAAACGGUCGACAAGCUGUUGGUCGACUUUGGUGUGAUCGGCACCAGCUUCUUGGACCUGCGCAACACGAUGUUGAAAUGGGGUCGCUUUCGCAACGACUAUGUAUAUAGCUCACUUGAUAUAUCGACGUUGGCCAGCUUUACGUUAGGCUGUUCUGUUCGCGGCGGUUGCGACAUCAUUACAGGCGAACUACUUCGUGACUUCUAUCUUCGUACCUUUGUCAUCGACGCGCUUGCCUCAGAGGUCAACCUCAUCGCUAAUGUAUUCUUUUUCGUUCUCAAAAAAUUGGCCAGUCCCCCGCAACGCAAACUCGAAGCUUGCCAACUGUAUAGACGAGCUUUGACCAUAUUUUCACCGAUGUUCGACCAGGCGCUGACGUUCAGGCGAUUGCAGGCUGCGAUGAACGUGGACAGCCUCUUAGGCUUUUUUUGCUCAAGUUAUGUUCUGGCUAAAACGGUUGAUUUCGGUUGCCGUCGGUUUUGUGACGAGCUACCUUUCGCAAGUGACCUACUGCCUCGGCACAUGGUGUUUGACACCGAGUUCAUCGAACGCCUUCGGAACGAACACUCUUUACGAGAAAAGGCAGCGAGCUCAUCGACAUCGACGACGAUUUCGUUGUUUACGGGAAACGAAGAGUACGAACUACGGGUGACGAUCCGGAGAAAGUCUGCAGCGUCGUCGAACACCUCUAAUUCUCAGGUAAACCGGUGUUUCUCAGCUACUGGUUGUUUGUGUAGCAUCGAUUUACAAGUUUAUAGUAUAUUAUGAAC